UGUGUCUGACGUCAUAACCACGCGCCGUUUGCCGAGCGGAAAGAAGGAGAAGCAGCAAUCAACAUUUCUCUCACCGUGGUCUCGCACUCGCUCGCGUCUGAAGCUUUACCACAGUUGAGUUUUUCAACCCGAUGUGCCUCUUAGAUGGAGACGAUUCGAUGCGUAUGACGAGGAGCAAUAUGAUUCUCAGAUGCCGUGACCGUCCGUGCCGCCAUGACGGACAGCAAGCGUCUGGCCUUCUCCAUCAUCCGCUACCUCCACGAGCAGCUGCAGUCAGGCAAUCUGUCGUCUGGAGCGCAGGAGAGCCUGGAAGUGGCCGUCCAAUGUUUGGAGACGGCCUUUGAAGUGUCCGCGGACGACCGGAGCCUCGACGUCCCGCUGGCGUUACCCGAGAUCUUCGCCUCUGCCACUCGCCAGACAUCGUCGCGGGAGAACAACAAUGACGCCACUGUUGGCGAAGGGCAGCGAGGCGAGGCCGAGCGACUCAAGGCAGACGGUAACGACCAAAUGAAGGUGGACAACUACGCCGCCGCCGUGGAGUUUUAUUCCAAAGCCAUUGCACUCAACCCGCACAGCGCCGUCUACUACUGCAACAGAGCGGCGGCACUGAGCAAGCAGGGGAAUUACGCGGGGGCGGUGCAGGACUGCGAGCGGGCCAUCGGCAUCGACCCAAACUACAGCAAAGCUUAUGGCAGGAUGGGGUUGGCGUUGGCAAGCCUCAACAAGCACUCCGAGGCGAUCACGUUUUACAAGAAAGCUCUGGAACUUGACCCGGACAACGACACCUACAAGUCCAACCUGAAGAUCGCCGAGGAAAAGAUGGAGGCCACCAGUCCCGCAAACAUUGCAGGAAUGGGCGGAGUGGACCUUGCCGGACUGCUCAGCAAUCCCGGUUUCAUGAACAUGGCGUCGUCGCUGAUGACCAACCCACAGGUCCAGCAGAUGAUGUCGGGAAUGAUGUCGGGAGCGUACGGCGCAGGUGGCGGCGCGGCGGGAGGAGGCGGUGGAGUCCCGGGAGGAGCUCCUGGUCCGGCGCCAGUCGGAGAUCUAUCAGGACUCAUCCAGGCCGGUCAGCAGUUUGCUCAGCAGAUGCAGCAACAAAAUCCAGAACUCAUUGAGCAGCUCAGGAGUCAAAUACGCAAUCGCACGCCGAGCGCCGGGAACGAGGAGCAGCCUUGACGCCCACACUCGGUAGCUUCGCCCAUCAAAGCAGGCCGCGUAAGAGCAGAGGAGCCGGCGUUGACUUUUUCGCUGAGUGUGGGACGAUUGUUGCGACGGAAAGGGAGUCAAAUUGGUCAGCCGAAGAUUCGCGCAUGAGAGGAGCCUUCACGCUUUCGCCUAGCACGCCUUCUCAGGGAAGGCCCUCCCACUUCAUGACCACCACGUUGUGUGUGCGCGUGCGUGCCGAGCCCGGUCAUCGAGGCAGAACAAUUAAAUGGAUUGACGUAUCUGC